UUUUAAAGUCGUCUCGUUUCCCGCUACUGAUGUGUGCUUCACUUCUGAUUUAGUGACAUUCAUCUUUUGUUACUAGUAUAUAUCCGACGCAAGCAGAGUAAAUAUUUGUCUUUUGACGAAUUCACCUUGAAGAGUCAUACACCUCAUCAUCAUGUCGUUCCUCACCUCCGUACGUGCAUCGAUCAGCCCCCGCGUGGCCAUCAGACCAGGCUACAGGGCCGUCUCGGCCUUCCACAACUCCCCCGCUCGCCUGGGCUUGAAGGAGUCGGACCGGAACCGCGAUGAUCUGGACUCCUACUACGAGGCUGAGAAGCAAGAUCAGUUGAAGAGUACCAAGGAGGGCAAGGCCAAGUGGAAGGGCGAGCUUGCUAGCAACAGUGAGGCAUCGGUCAAGGCGGACCGCGGCGAGCUUGACAGCGACGAUAAGGACUUCGAAUCACUCCAAAGUCGCACUAAGGAUCUGCCGAACAGGAGUGGCCCUGUGAACAAGUCUCAAUAGAUUCCUCUUAUUUAGUGAUUUGGCUGUGGAAGGCGACUCUCCAUUCGGGUUUUGGGGGAUUCAGUAGUUCAUGGGAAUUUGCAUGUUAUCGUGUAUUUUAAGAAAAUAUGCCAUGAAUGCAACGAUGAACGUUAUCAGAUC